CCCCACCCUGCCUGCCGCGCGCUAGACCCGUCGUCGUGUAGGAGCAGCAGCAGCAGCUCCGCUUGCUUCGUUUUGUCGUUCGUGUCGAGUUCUCUCGUGUGCUGUCGUCGAACAAAAAACAAUUAUCUCCGACCGUGAUAAUAAUCUGGGCGCCGAUUAAUUUUGUGCAUUUCGAGACGUUGAAGCGCACCGCACUGCGUGCGUCGCAACGCUCAACCUCAAAAAAGAGACGACCUGGUGCGGUGACAGUGAUUUCUAGAAGGUAGAAUUUGCGACAAAAACUCGGAUUCAACCGUGCGUUCCUUUUACCCACUGACGGUGUCUCGAGGCGAGAGAGAGAAAGAGAGAGAGAGAGAGAGAGAGAGGUGUAACAAGAAAAGUACGGCGUCAUUGAUGUGAGCCGUGAACGACGACGAGGAAGAGCCGAGGAAGAGCGGGAGCGAGUGCGAACGAAGGCAGUGGGAAAGGAGGAUACAAGAAAGCUGAGAGGAGCGGAGAAAAACCAAAGUUUCACAGGAAGCAUCGGUAACCUCACUGUGGAUACCGCAGAAAAGGUACCGGAAAAUGUACGAAAAAUCGCAACUGGAAAUAGAACGGGAAUCGUGGAACUAGUUCCUGCAUUUAGCUCGCAGCAGCAGCGCUAAGAACACCCGUUUUAUCUAUAUAAAAGUUCAGUGCUUUUUUUUUUUUUCAAUCAUCGAGGAGAAAGUCCGAGUUUUUCUCGAAAGAGAAUUGCGUUUUGACGGGCGCAACCUGGCGGUGACGAGCAACAGCGCUUCUGACGGGACUGCACGUCCGCUUCGACCCGGUGGUAGCGACGACGGCGGUGGUGGUGACGGUGGUGGUGGCUCUUUCACGAACAGAAGAGGUUAUGUCGUCUUGGGCUCGAUGACGCUCCUCUGACAGCAGUGGCGGUGACGGUGGGACGGACCAAGAGUGGCAACGGGAAGUGUAAAAGCUGGCGUGUGGGACAGUAAACUCAGGUGUGGACAGGUUCUAGUUCCUGUGAUAGCUAUAGAAGAGGAAGUAACAAAAACAAGAAACGAGGAAGUGAGUCGGAAAGGACUAGUAGUAAUUCCGGCAUCUGCAUCUACCUCUUCGUUUGCUUCCUACAUUACGAAAGUGCAUAGGUUGGGAGCGCCCGUCACGAACUAUCAGCAGUGAUAACGGGCGCUCAUAAGGUCUCACACGUUACCAAUCAAACAUCAACAUGAACGAGUUGGAGAGCCUUCGUCAGGAGGCAGAAACCUUGAAAAAUGCGAUCCGAGAUGCGCGGAAGGCAGCAUGCGACACCACUUUGGCUCAGGCCACGGCAACCAUGGAGCCAAUUGGGAGAAUACAAAUGCGUACAAGAAGAACAUUGCGUGGACACCUGGCAAAAAUUUAUGCCAUGCACUGGGGUAGCGAUUCUAGGAACCUUGUUUCUGCUUCCCAAGACGGCAAAUUAAUCGUUUGGGACAGUUAUACGACCAAUAAGGUUCACGCUAUUCCACUGCGAUCUUCAUGGGUAAUGACAUGUGCGUAUGCACCUUCGGGUAGCUACGUGGCAUGCGGAGGGCUGGACAAUAUCUGUUCUAUUUAUAGUCUUAAAACUAGAGAAGGAAACGUACGGGUGAGCAGAGAACUGCCAGGACAUACAGGCUAUUUGUCUUGCUGUCGGUUCUAUGAUGAUAACCAAAUUGUCACUAGUUCCGGUGAUAUGUCAUGCGCUCUGUGGGACAUUGAGACCGGUCAGCAAUGCACGUCAUUUCUUGGGCACAGCGGAGACGUAAUGUCCUUAUCACUGGCGCCCGACUCACGCACUUUUGUAUCUGGUGCGUGCGACGCGAGCGCAAAGCUGUGGGAUAUUCGCGAGGGAUGUUGCAAGCAAACUUUUCCGGGCCACGAAAGUGACAUAAAUGCCGUAACGUUCUUCCCGAACGGCUAUGCAUUUGCAACAGGUUCGGAUGACGCUACAUGCAGGUUGUUUGAUAUAAGAGCGGAUCAAGAACUGGCAAUGUACAGUCAUGACAAUAUUAUCUGCGGAAUAACCAGUGUCGCUUUUAGCAAGAGCGGCAGAUUAUUAUUGGCUGGCUAUGAUGAUUUUAAUUGUAACGUAUGGGACUCGAUGAAAACAGAACGAGCAGGAAUUCUCGCUGGACACGAUAAUCGCGUAUCGUGUCUCGGUGUUACGGAGGAUGGUAUGGCAGUAGCCACAGGUUCGUGGGAUUCCUUCCUACGAAUAUGGAACUAACUUGGGGCUCCACGUAGUUCUUUCAUACAAAAAACCUGUCAACCAGCCAGGUAUACUAUAAAAAUUAAGUACCAUCAUCUGACCACCGAGCAAGUCGGCGUGCCAGCAGCCUCAACGUUAGCCAACAACCUGUCAGGUUCACCGGAGUUAACGCUGAUAAAAAACUUUGAGUACCAGCUUAACAACAGCAACAGCGACGAUUUCAAGAACGUGUUAGGUUGUGGUGGUACAAAAGACUUACGCAGCAGGCGCAUCGACUUGACUUGGCGACGCGGUAAAGUCGGCUAUACAGACCACGAAUAUCAACGCUUUUAGGAUAAAUUGGCUCGAGCUGGAUUGGAAAGAAGUGCGCAACGAGAUGGAAGAAUGUAGAACAUGUGGCACUUUUUUCGUAGAGAUUUUAAAUGUUUACCGCGUUCACUGCCGAGACGAUUGGGUACUUUUCCUAUGCACGAGACGAGAUAUCAAGUGGGAUGCGAUACGCAACCGUAACGUUGCGUCAAAAUGCGAAAAAGGAAGACGAACAACCAAAAUUUCAAUGAUGCGUUCGUCAAGUCACACGACGCACACUAAACGCACACGUGCAUUAAUAGAAAUUCACGACGUGAAUUGCAUACACCUGCACACGAAGGCGAUUGGACGGAUAAAAGAAAGUCAAGAUCCGGAUUCACUAGCAGCCUCAUCGAGACACAUCGGAAUCGCACACAUAAGCACUAAGCGGCUGAGCGGAAUAAGAAAGAGGAAGAUGAGAUGAUCACUUUUCUUACCACAAUAAUAUGUCACACCGUUUAUUAAUAUUGCUAAGUACUACCGCGAUUUCCUCGGUUAAUUUCGUAGAUGUAUUGUUAUUUAUUUUGUAUAGACCUCUGCCAUAGGCCGCCUUGCGCCUGCGUUUUUUUUUUGUUUUUUUUUUUUUUUUUUUUUUUUUUUUGCGAGUGCGAGAACGACUGAGCGUGUUGUGAAAAACGAGUGAACGAAAUUAGUGAGAGCGUGAAAACGUGAACGAGAAGCGCGCGGCCCAUUGCCAAUCAAAAAAAGAAAAAAGAAAGAAACAAGAUGUGAAACGCGAGGAUGAAGCAGUGGAUGCUGAAUAUCCGGUCGCUUCUUCAGUAAAUAAUACGUAAUGAGACAGUUUAGGACGUCGACGUAUUAUGUUAUCCCGAAAUGUGUAAUCAUUUUUAGUUCAUAGUGUCUAUAUUCCUAACCUUUCUCCCGCCUUCUCUACAAUUACUUCUGAUUAUGAUACGACGGCGAGAAGGAGAAGAAGAAUCAGUCUGUGCGACUGCGAAGUCCCGUAUCUCUUCCCACUAUUGAUUCAGCACCAACUAAUCCUCGUGCAUGAGACAGGCGCGUACUCGAUCGAAAGAGUCGUGCUGGAAGUUCCUUUGAAAUAGGACCCAAAGAAUCACGGGCUGAAGAAAGGGCCGCCAGACCAAACUCUCUUUCUUCCCCUUUUGUCUUUUUGUUUUUUUUUUUUUUUUAUAUAUAUAUAUAUACCUUUCUCUUCCUUCAUCGCGUUUUAUUUGUCAUUUGCCUAUUUCAUACAUUUGUAAGUAUUUGUACUUUCUCGAUAACUUUUAAGCUCCAUUCUGUAUCCCCCUUUUCCAUAUUAUUUUAUCUUUUCUCUCCUUUUUCCCUUCCGUCCUCAUCCCUUCUGUCUGUACUGUCCUUUUUUUUGUCAGAAAUAGAUGUUGAUACUGUGUAUGCAUUUAAAAUAAUAAUAUUAAUGAUAAUGAGUAUAAUAUUAAUAAUAUUAUAAUAUGAUUGUAAUUUAUAUAUAAUUAUUAAUGUUUAAUAUAUAAGUACCUAAGAUUGAUGGUUCUUCAAUAUUGCAGGAUUAUGGUCCAAUCGCCUUCCGGCAACUACGCUACCUACUAUAUCCCUUUAAUUUCUCUUUUUUUUUGUGUUAAGAAUUUUAUACAUUUAUAUAAAUAAGGUUGUAGUUAAGCGCAUUAUCCCUUGUUAUUUUUUACUUUUAAAAAAUUCGAGAGAAAUUUAAAUAUCUAAAUUUGCUACAAGCAUUCGCUUCGGCGAUUCUUAGUCCUGAUUACAUAAUCAUAUAAACAUGUAAUGUAAAUAUCAUAUGAAAAGUCGUUGCUUACAUUUGUAGAAAUUAUUUACAUUACAGCAAGCUGUUGAAUUAAGCGGGGAAAACUGUGAAAGUUUAAUCUUUAGACCGCCGGCAUGAUAAUGCCGUAUGGAAUCGCUAUUGGGACGCUAUAAUAUACCGUCUUUUAGAGAAGAGUUUUCUUCCGUUUGACUUGAUUUGUGAAAACAAAUAUUCAGAAAAUCUAAAUAUGUUGUUAAAUGGCGUAGUUUAGCUUUCGAAUUCGUCGUAAUCUAAGAUACAAAAUUUAUUUAUACAUAAUUAGCUUACUGAUAGUGCUACUGUACUGAAAGACUUUUGCAAUUCGACAUCAAAAUCGUAACCAGCGAUAUAAAAAAUUCUUAGAAACACCAUUUUUCAAAAUUUGAAAAUUUGAUACUUUUCACUUUCGUUCCCCGCCGAUCGGAGCCAGAUGAAACUUAGGGCACUCCACGCAAUGUAAUAAACUCAAUUUAUAUACAAAUAUGGCGGGAAAAAUACCAUGUUUUUAAUGAAAAAAUGCCGGCGGUCUAAAGGUUAAAAGCGUGGAUUCCGGAAGGCGACUGUUGAAAAAAAUUUUUUCAUCUGAACAAAAAGUAUGUACAAUUCGGUUACAAAGCAAGCGAGAGUACAAGUGAGAUUUCCGAGAAUCUUCGAGAAAUGUUGCAAAUUUAGAACGUUUAAAUCGAUUCUUUUUUUUAUACACAAAAAAAAAAUAUAUAUAUAUAUACACAACACACGCACACACACACAUACACACACUAUGACGUUUGAACUAAUCUCGCUUUACGUAAUGCUUUCUAUUCAUUAAGAUAUCAAACCGACAAAAGACCUUCCUCCGUCAAAGCAAAGAUAGUUUUUUGGUUUCUUUCGAUAUUCUUUGUACGAUUAAGAAUUCUUCCGAAGUUCGAUUCGAGACCGGAUGUUAUAUAUCACAUAUAUUCGAGCGAGAGAAUACACAGAACCAGUCUUUUCUUCGAAAUUUUGAAGUACUGCGAAGAGAAAUGAUCUUAUAGAAAAAAAAAAA